AUGGUGCAACUUUCAAGUUCUACUAGUUCUAAUCCACAGUCAGUCGCUGUUGGCGAUUUGAAUAACGACACAUGGAUAGAUAUCAUUGUCGCUGAUACUGGGAAUGACAUUGUAGGCGUCUUUUUGUCAUAUGGCAAUAAUACUUUUGCAAAACAAGUGAUAUAUUCGACAGGCAUCGGUUCCUCUCCACGCAUGAUAGUUGUCUAUGAUUUCAAUAACGAUAAUCAACUGGAUAUAGCUGUGGCGAAUUUUGGCACUAAUAAUGUAGGGAUCCUUUUCGGUAACGGUGACGGAAGCUUCAAGAAUCAAACAAACAUUGAAAUUUCACCUUCUCACCCAUUGUACCUAGCUGUAGGGGAUUUGAAUAACGAUAAACAAAUCGAUAUCGUCAUCACUAAUCACGGCACCAGUAGUAUAGGUGUUCUUUUCGGAUCCGGUGACGGGGGUUUCACAAAAUAUAUUACUCUCUCCACUGGUUACGAUUCUCUUCCGUCUGCAGUCGCAGUUGGUGACUUCAAUAAUGACAAUAAACUUGAUAUUGUCUCUGCUAAUUUUGGAACAGGUAAUAUAGGCGUGUUUCUUGGAUACGGAAAUGCAACUUUUGCCUUUCAAACCACAAUUACAACUGGGAUUAAUUCUCAUCCAUACUCGAUCACUGUGGCCGACGUAAACAACGAUACCAAACUUGAUAUUGCCGUUGUUGAUUCAAUGAAAAAUUAUAUAGUUAUAUUUUUAGGAUCUGGAAACGGAACUUUUAAUUUUCCCAUAUUCUUAUCCACAGGCUCUAAUUCUAAUCCAAUAUUCAUUGUUAUCGCAGAUUUCAAUAAGGAUAAUAAACCAGAUGUAGUGAUCGCAAAUAACGGUACUAACAGUGUGGGAGUACUUUUUGGAUAUGGAAAUGGAUUUUUCGCAAAUCAAAGCAUCUAUCCUACUGACCUCCAAUCUAGCCCGUAUUCAAUUGCUGUUGCCGAUUUCAAUAACGACAAUCAACUUGAUAUUGCCGUUGUCAAUGAGCAAAAUAAUAAUGUAAUGAUUUUCAACGGGUACAGGAAUCAAACAUUUUCGAGUCAAAUUACCUAUCAAAGUGGUAUCAGUUAUUAUCCAGUUGGAAUUAUUUUGCAUGACACUGGAAGUGGUUCUCAACCGUACUCCGUUGCUGUCGGUGAUUUCAACAGUGAUGGUCGACUCGACAUCUCUGUCGCCAAUUCUGGUACCGAUAAUGUAGGUGUUCUUCUUGGUUACGGUGAUGGUACUUUUGCAGACCAAACGACUUAUUCAACUGGUGAUUAUUCAGGCCCAAGCGCGGUUGCCGUUGGCGAUUUCAAUAGUGAUGGUCGACUCGACAUUGUUGUCGCCAAUUUUGGCACCAAUAAUGUAGGUGUUCUUCUUGGUUACGGUGAUGGUACUUUUGCAGACCAAACGACUUAUACAACUGGUGAUUAUUCUGGCCCAAGCGCGGUUGCCGUUGGCGAUUUCAAUAGUGAUGGCCGACUCGACAUCACCAUCGCCAAUUCUGGUACCAACAAUGUAGGAGUUCUUCUUGGGUAUGGUGAUGGCACUUUUGCAGUUCAAAAUACAUACUCAACAGACACUGGCUCCGGUCCAAUCGGUAUUGCUGUAGGGGAUUUUAACAAUGACAAACGACUUGAUAUCGCCGUCACCAAUUAUCGUGCGAACAAUAUAGGAGUUCUUCUUGGGCGUAGUAAUGGGACUUUUGCCAGUCAGUUAAAAUAUUCAACCGGUAUUAGUUCCGGUCCGGGAUCCCUUUUUGUAGGUGAUUUCAACAAUGAUAGUCAACUAGAUAUUGCCGUCGCUAACUAUGGUACCAAUAAUGUAGGUGUUCUUCUUGGAUUUGCCGAUGGUACUUUUGCAGAGCAAAAUACUUAUUCAACUGGUAAUGGUUCUUUUUCUUAUUGUAUAACCGUAGGGGAUUUCAACAACGACAGUCGACUCGACAUUGCUGUGGUCAAUGCUGGUACCAAUAAUGUAGGUGUUCUUCUUGGAUAUGGUUAUGGGAAUUUUUCGAGUCAAAUGAUUUAUACAACUGGUGAUAGGUCUUAUCCGGUCUCGCUGACCAUCGGCGAUUUUAACAACGACAGUAAACAGGAUAUUGUUGUCGCGAAUUACGGCACCAACAAUGUAGGUUUUCUUCUUGGAUGUGGCAAUGGCACUUUUCCACUUACUACCUAUAUACCUGGAAUCGAUUCUUAUCCAACGUGGGUCAGCAUAGGUGAUUUCAACAACGAUGAUCGACUAGAUAUCGCCGUCGCGUAUUCCGGUACAAACAAUAUAGGAGUUCUUCUUGGUUAUGGCAAUGGAACGCUUGCAAAUCCAAUGAAGUAUACAACUGGUAUUGGUUCCCAGCCAAUUGCAAUUGCUUUAGGUGAUUUCAAUAACGAUGGUCGACUCGAUAUAGCUGUCACCAAUUCCGGCACCAACAAUGUAGGAGUUCUUCUUGGAUAUGGCAAUGGAACUUUUGAAGAUCAAAAACCUUUUUCGACAGGUAUUAGCUCGAACCCAAAAGCGAUUGCCAUCGGAGAUUUCAACAAUGAUGGUCGACUCGAUAUCACCAUCGUCAAUCAUGGUACCAACAAUGCAGGUGUUCUUCUUGGAUACGGUGAUGGUACUUUUGCAGACCAAACAAUUUAUUCAAUUGGUGGUAAUUCUGGUCCUAAUGUGGUCGCGAUAGGUGAUUUCAACAACGAUGGUCAACCGGAUAUCGCCGUCGCAAUGUAUCUGGCAGACAGUGUAGGUAUUUUUCUCGGAUAUGGCAAUGGAACUUUUACAAGUGAAAUUAUUUGUUAUACUGGAGCUUACUCUCGUCCAUUGGUGCUUGCUGUCGGGGAUUUUGAUAGUGACCACAACCUAGAUAUCGCUGUCCUAAACGUACUGAGCGAGGAAGAACAUGUUUUGAUUUUACUUGGAAGUGGGAAUGGGACAUUUUCAAGCGAUGGACGAUACCAGACUGGAAUUAACUCAGAUCCAUCUUCAAUAGUCGUUGGACAUUUUAAUAAUGAUAGUCAACUUGAUAUUGCCGUGACAAAUAGGGGUACUGACACUGUAGGAAUUUUCUUUGGUGGUGGCGAUGGAAAAUUUUCGAGUCAAAACGUUUAUGCAGCUGGGGAUGGUUUUGACGCGAUAUCGAUUGCAGUGGGUGACUUCAACGGUGACAAUCUAACUGAUGCUGUCGUCGCCAAUAAUAGAGCAUUUACUGUCGGAGUUCUUCUUGCUUUCUUUAAUACAAGUUUUGAGUAUACAGCAACUUAUCCUACUGGAUCUGCUGCAGGUCCUGACGCUAUUACCGUAGGGGGUUUCACUAAUGAUGGUAAACUUGAUGUCGUCAUUGGUAAUCAAGGUACGCAUGACAUUAGUUUACUUUUAAGAUAUGAAAAUGAUAGCUUUUCAAUGGAAAUUGCUUACUCAGCAGAUUUUGCAUUUUAUCCUGUAUCCAUGGUCGUUGCAGAUUUCAAUAAUGACAGUCGUUUGGAUGUCGCCGUCGCCAAUUCAUUAGGAGAUCAAGUGUGUCUUGUUUUUGGAGAGGGCAAUGGAACUUUUGUAAACUACACGGCAUAUUCAACGCCUAUUGAUUCCAAUCCUCAAUCGAUCAGCAUGGGCGAUUUCAACAAAGACAAUCGAACAGAUAUUGUAGUCUCCAAUUCUGGCACAGGGAGUGUUGGUCUACUUCUUAGAGCUGAUAGUGGAGCUUUUGGAAGUUUAACAACGCUUUCAACAGGACUUAAUUCGAAGCCAGAUUCAGUGGCUGUUGGAGAUUUUGACAAUGACGGCCUACUCGACAUUGUGGUUGCCCUUAAUGGCCAAGCCAGUGUAGGUGUCUUUUAUGGGUUUGGCAAUGGUACGUUUUCAAAACAAAACAAUUAUUCACUCGACAAUGGUUUCUACCCAGUUUGGAUCUGUGUUGGUGACUUUAACAAUGACCGUCGACUUGAUAUCCUCACCAUCGACAAUAUAGGCAGACGGAUAACUGUAUUGCUUGGAUCUGGGAAUGACUUUUUUGAAAAAAAAACGACUUAUACGAGUAGUUAUCUAGGAGAGGCUGCAGUUGGCAAUUUCAACAAUGAUAGUCGACUGGAUGUCACCAUUUGUCAAAUCGGCGAUAACACUAUAAUUGUUCUUCUUGGUAAUGGCGAUGGCACGUUUUCCAAUCAAAUUACUUAUUCAACUGGUGCCAAUUCCGGACCAAAUGCGAUCACCCUAGGUGAUUUCAACAACGAUGGUCAAUUAGAUAUCGCUGUCGCCAAUUAUAUCACUAAUAAUGUCGGUGUCCUACUUGGAUAUGGAAAUGGUACUUUUUCAAGUCAAAUGACUUAUCCAACUGGUGCUGGUUCUUCUCCUUGUUCGGUCGCGAUCGGCGAUUUCAACAACGAUGGUCAACGUGAUAUCACUGUCUCCAAUCAGGGCACUAAUAAUGUCGGUGUCCUACUUGGAUACGGAAAUGGCACUUUCUCAAGCCAAAUGACUUAUCCAACUGGGGCUGGUUCCUUUCCGCGUUCGGUCACUGUUUCAGAUUUCAACCAAGAUCAUCGAAUGGACAUCGUCGUAGCCAAUCAGGGCACUAAUAAUGUCUGUGUUCUUCUCGGACAUGCCAAUGGAACGUUUUUCAACAAAAUUACAUAUUCCAGUGGCGAUAAUUCAAACCCAAUGUCGGUUGCAGUUGGUGACUUCAACAGAGAUGGCCGACUAGAUAUCACCGUUUGUAAUAGGCUGGCAGAAAAUAUAGGUGUGUUUCUUGGAUAUGCCAGUGACAGUUUGUUAAGUACACCAGACUAUUCAAUUGGAAACUCUUCUGUACCAGUAAGCAUCGCCACUGGAGAUUUUAAUAAUGACACUAAUUUGGAUGCUGUUGUAGCCGAUAAGGGAACAAACGAAGUGGUCAUACUUUAUGGAUCUGGGUACGGAACCUUCACACAUCAUGAUCAUCAACUGGAUAUUGCUGUUGCCAAUGCCGGCACUAAUAAUAUUGGUGUAUUUUUAGGAAAUCCUAAUGGUAAUUUCUCAAUUCCAACGAUGUAUUCAACUGGUAAUUUCUCUUCACCUCGAUCGCUAGCUGUAGGUUAUUUUGAUAAUGAUACUUUGCUUGAUAUUGCUGUAGCUAAUUAUGGCACAAACAAGAUUGCCGUUUUCCUUGGUUAUAGCAAUGGAAGUUUCGCAAAUCCACUUUUCUUCCCAUCUGGUUUCGGCUCACAUCCAUCUGCGUUAGUUUUCGGCAAUUUGAACAAAAACAAUUGGACUGACAUUUAUAUCUCCAAUAGUGGAUACAGUACAAUAGAUGUUCUAUCAAAGACCUGCUAG